AUGGGGCAUGGUGGAAAUCCACCUGGUUACAAUAAAUUGCUAGCAGAAGAAAACUAUAGCGAUCAAACUUUCCUGAUUUAUGCCAACAGCUACGGACCAAAGCAUUCAACGGCUGAAUUCAAAUAUGAUCAAAAUUGUGUCGUGGAGGCCCAAGAAGUCGACGAAACCAAGAUGAUAUCUUCAAACGAGUCACUGUCGCCAAAACCUACGACAACCAUAUCAAAGUUCAAACGCAUUGCAAACACCCUUCAUUCACAACUACCCCUCCUCCAGAGCAGAGGAAGCAUGUUGUAA